CACGUGCAAUUAGAUAUCCAUAUUCAACCACUUUUACCUAUUAUCAUAGUACUUGAAAAUAUUAGUUAUCUAUCCAGUUUUAUUCGUACAACCAGGGACUUGGAAUACAAGAGCAGGGACAAGUACCUUCGAGGCAGGCAACAUGUCAUCCGACCAGUCAAAAUAUGCUAUACAUGCUGCUGCUCGGGAAGGUAAAGUUACUGUUGUCGAAUCAUUACUUAAUGCAGAUCCGAAACUAUCUCGUCUUAAAGACGACGACGGUCGUCUUCCUAUCCAUUGGGCCGCAUCUGCGAACAGUCACCCCAUCGUCUUGAUGUUAACUCAACAGAAAGAAUUCGACCCAGACGUUGAGGACGACAGUGGCUGGACUCCUCUGAUGAUUGCCGCGAGUGUGAAGGACGGCGACGCAAUCGUAGAGCUGUUGCUGUCGAGAGGCGCAGAUGUGAAUCAGAAGAACAAUAAUGGACAGACGGCUCUUCACUUCGUUGCCUCCAAAAACAACCUCGAAGUGGCCCGCAAGCUUUUAGACAAUAAACCACCGGCAUCCACCCGGGUAAGGGACAAGCGUGGUCAAUACCCCCUCCACCGAGCCGCGGCAGUAGGCUCUGUGGCUAUGGUCAACCUGCUGCUGCAGAAUCGAAGUCCGCUUAACGCGACUGACAGCGCCGGCUAUACUGCCCUACACCACGCCGUUGCUGAAGGCCACGGUUGGUCUCCCUCUUCAAAACCACAUCGACUUACAAAAAAAGUUGAGUAACUGACAACACCAGGAGCCACCGCGGUGGCCUUACUUAAGGCUGGAGCCGAGAUCGACAAGCGAGACCUGGACGGAUAUCUCGCACUAGAUCUUGCGCCCGAUAAGGAAGUUCGCAAGUAUAUCGAGCGGGAGGCUGAAAACG